AUGGCCGCUGUCAAACCAAGCACCCGUAAAAGGGUGCUUAAAGUCAUUUUUGUCUCAUUACUUUUGGAUUUGAUCUCGUUCACCUUUAUCCUCCCUCUCUUCCCAAAGCUCCUCGAGUUCUACCGAAAUAGUGAGGUCGGCCCGGAGUCGCAGUCAACUUUACUCGCAAGAAUCCUUGGCGGCCUCAACGCUUACAAAUCUGCCUUCGCGAAACCGAUCGACUCGAGAUAUGACAUUGUCCUGCUAGGAGGUGCUCUGGGCAGCUUGUUCUCCCUGCUCCAGGCGAUUGCGUCACCCGUCAUCGGACACUUAUCCGACAAAUAUGGUAGAAGGACUGCGCUCCUUGCUAGCAUGGUUGGAAAUAUCUUGUCUGUGCUUCUUUGGGUAGUGGCAGUUGAUUUUAGGACCUUCCUUGCCUCGCGCAUUGUUGGUGGUCUGUCGGAAGGCAAUGUUCAGCUAGCCACAGCUAUUGCGACCGACAUCUCGGACGAGAACAGCCGUGGCUCGACUAUGGCUUUGAUAGGUGCCUGCUUUUCGAUCGCUUUCACUUUCGGACCAGCACUCGGAGCUUAUCUAAGCUCCGUUGCGACCGUAGCUGCGAACCCUUUCGCAACAGCUGCUGGCGUGUCCUUGUCUUUGAUUGUGGUCGAGACGGUUUACCUAUACUUUGCGCUACCCGAGACACUGCCGAAGAAGUCUGGAAAGGAAACUUCCAAGAAGGCUGCGAAGCCGGCGGCGAUCACACGUACUAACUCGCACUUUUUGCUGAACUUGAUACAUUUCUCAUUUUUGCUAUUUUUCUCCGGGAUGGAGUUUUCCCUACCGUUUAUGACGUAUGACCUUUUCCAGUAUAACUCGGCACAAAACGGACGGUUACUUGGCUACGUGGGUUUGAUCGCCUCGAUUCUUCAGGGCGGAGUUACUCGUCGGCUACCCCCUCUUUUGACUGUCCAAAUUGGUGUGAGUGCGUGCUUGGUGGCGUUUGUAUUGCUCGGCCGAAUUAGCACGGUCGGCUCGCUGUAUCUUGCCGCUACAUGUUUGGCUACUACAUCAGCCACCGUCGUCAGCGGCCUUAACACCCUAAGCAGCUUCGAAGCUAGCGAGGGUGAGCGCGGCGGCAAAUUAGGCAUCCUUCGGAGUUGGGGUCAACUUGGCCGGGGUUUAGGUCCGAUUCUGUUUACGAGCGUGUACUGGUGGGCAGGUAGAGAAGUGGCAUACGGUGCGGGCGCUUUGGGCAUUGCUGCUGUCACCUUAUUGGUGUUUGCUGGGCUAAAGUCACCGCCCGGCUCGCUGAAGAAGAAAGUCAAGGCAGAAAAGAAAGAAUUGUAA